UGAAGUGGCCUAGAAAUUACACAAGUACUGUUUGGACUUCGUGCAGUGUUUAAAACUGGAACUUGACAGGCUAACAAAAUGGCAAACAGAGACAAAGCAACAAACCAACUUCUCAAUUUUAAAGAAUCACAGACGAAACCUGAUGUCUUGACAACUGGAACAGGUGCCCCUGUUGGCACUAAAACAGCCACAAUGACAGUUGGACCAAGAGGUCCAGUCCUGUUACAAGACUUUGUCUUCACAGAUGAAAUGGCCCAUUUCAACCGAGAAAGAAUACCAGAAAGAGUAGUACAUGCAAAAGGAGCUGGAGCAUUUGGAUACUUUGAGUGCACACAAGAUAUUUCCAAGUACUGCAAGGCAAAACCAUUUGAAUUUGUUGGUAAAAAGACACCUCUAGGAGUUAGAUUCUCAACAGUUGGAGGAGAAAGUGGUUCUGCUGACUCUGCCAGGGAUCCCAGAGGAUUUGCUGUAAAGAUGUAUACAGAAGAUGGUAACUGGGAUCUAGUGGGGAACAAUACUCCAAUCUUCUUCAUCAGAGAUCCUAUGCUGUUUCCAAGCUUCAUACAUACACAAAAGAGAAACCCAGAAACUCAUCUGAAGGAUCCAGACAUGUUCUGGGAUUUCAUUACACUUCGACCAGAGACAACCCACCAGGUGUCCUUCCUGUUUUCUGACCGUGGAACCCCUGAUGGAUAUAGACGUAUGAAUGGUUAUGGUAGUCACACAUUUAAGACAGUCAACAAGGACGGACAGGCAUACUACUGCAAAUUCCACUUCAAGACUGACCAAGGUAUAAAAUGUCUGAGUGCUGAGCAAGCAGACAAGCUGUCUUCAACUGAUCCAGAUUAUGCCAUCCGUGAUUUAUACAAUGCCAUCUCAGAAGGGAAUUUCCCUUCAUGGUCAGUGAACGUCCAGAUUAUGACUUUUGAAGAGGCAGAAAAUUUCAGAUAUAAUCCUUUUGAUCUUACAAAGAUUUGGCCUCAAGGAGAAUUUCCUUUGAUCCCUGUUGGAAGAAUGGUUUUAAACAGGAACCCAAAGAAUUACUUUGCUGAAGUAGAACAGAUAGCCUUCUCUCCUGUUCAUAUGAUUCCAGGGAUAGAAGCCAGUCCAGAUAAAAUGUUACAGGGAAGAUUAUUCUCCUACUCAGACACACACAGACACAGACUUGGUAGUAACUACCUCCAGAUACCAGUCAAUUGUCCAUAUAAUGCCAGAGUUAAAAAUUACCAGAGAGAUGGCCCACAAUGUGUUGAUGAAAACCAAGCUGGAGCACCUAACUACUUCCCCAACAGUUUUACUGGACCACAGGACAAUCCUCAGUACUUAGAGUCUAAAUUCAGCCUUAGUGGUGAUGUCAAACGUUAUAACACAGCUGAUGACGACAACUAUUCACAAGUUGGUGUAUUCUGGAGAAAGGUACUGAACCCAGCAGAAAGACAAAGACUAGCAGAAAAUAUUGCUGGCCAUGUUUGUAAUGCAUCAGAAUUCCUACAGAAACGAGUAAUCAACAACUUUGGACAGGCUGACCCAGAAUACGGACAAAUGAUAAAACAAUUAUUAGAUAAAAUUAAUGCCAAAAAGAGGGCAACACAGGUUGGAGUUCCUGCCAAUUUAUAGAUUUUAUAAAAGACUGGUUAAAAGCGUUAAUGAACUAUGUUGUGAUGGAUCAAAACAAUCGUAAUUGUAGAUAAUGAACAUAUCAUGCUGGGAAUAUUUCCUGAAAGCUAUUAUUUUUAGUAUUUAGAUUAUGCCUUUUAAAUUACUGAGAUAUUAUUUGUUCUUGUGCAAAAAGAAAAUCAAAAUCAGACAAACUGAAAGUAGGUUUAUUUUGUAUUCAUAGAGAAUAUAGAUGUAAGCUGACUGGUAUGUAAUUAUUUGUUGAUCAAUACAAUUGUUUCAUUUAUAAAGCUGCUUUGAAACAGUAUUAAUUGUAUGAAACAAAUUGGCAGAUUUUGUAAAAAAUAUUGUAUGUGUAAAGGAUUACUGUUUUGAAAUCCCUGUAUUGAUUGAGAGUUUUUUUUAUAAAUUUCUUAAUCUAAGUUUCUAUUGUAAACUGUCUGUAAAAUGAUAAUGUUUUUUUAAGAUAAAGUUUUCAUUUUAUUUUACCCACGAAAUAUAGGGGAUUUUUUUUUACCAUUAAUCAUAAAAUUCAGUCAGUUUUGGAAACAUUGUUAUUUUUUCAAUUAAGAGUGAAUAAAGAAUAAUUUUAUAUGAAAGCUCUAGUUUGAAAAUUCUUUAAAAAUGAAAAUGGAAAUUGGCUUGAUAUAAAGAAUAAAAACCCAUAUUGGUUAAUAUGCAAUUUGCCAUCUAUGAAUUAUUUAAAUUCAGUAAAUGUAAAAAAUGUUUUGAAACUAA